AUGGACGGACUCAAGCCCAUCACCCCUUCCACCACGGCGGCCAGCUUUGCCACGAGCACUGCGUCGAGUGCCGCGCCCAGUGAGGCGACCACUCCUGCCGGUCUCAGCCCUGCGCCCUCAGGUGCCGACACCCCGGACUAUGUGAACCCGCUCGAGUCCAGUUCGCGAUGGUACCUCACUGCCAAGGCAUCUGCCGUCCGCUACGCUGCCAGCGUCGGCUUUAGCAUCUCCAACCGAUCCGACCCUCCGGCCCCGACCUUUUCACGGGAGAUUUGGCUCGAUUCCACGCUGUCUGAGUGGAAGGGGCGUCAAAAGAUCAAGGUCGAGGUCUGGGUGCCGCCUCGCAUCUCCGUUGGCCCUCGCGCGGCGGUCAUCAACUUCCACGGCGGUGGUUGGAUCCUCGGCCAGGGAACCGACGAUGCUCGUUGGGCUGGCGCCGUCAUGGGCGCUCUGGACGCCGUUGUCUUCACCGUCAAUUAUCGCCUGGCCCCGAGCUACCCCUUCCCCACGCCCGUCGAGGAUUGCGUCGAUGCCAUCUUCCAGAUUGUGGCCCGUGCCGGCGAGUUCGGUAUCGAUGCAGAUCGUGUGAUACUCGCGGGCUUUUCUGCCGGAGCCACCAUUGCCUUGAGCAGUUGGAUCGUCAUGCAGGAACCGUAUCAGUGGGGCUACAAGUUGCCGGCCGAAUCACCCGACAUCGCUGGCCUCGUCGUCUUCUACCCUACUCUGGACAUCACAAUUUCGCGCCCAGAGAAGCGGCAGACGUGUAUGAAGCCGGAGCUCACACUGUCCCCUGGCUUGACGGAUCUGAUUGACGCCUCAUACGUCUACCCGCCCGUGCCCCGGGAGCAACGCACCGACCCGAGGCUAUCGCCCGGCUUGAUGCCGGAUGAGCUGCUCAAGAAGAUGCCGCCAAUUCACCUCUGUCUGUGUGAGUACGACAUGCUGCUUGCCGAGGGCAUUCGCUUCGCCAAGAGGUUGCAGCACCACGACAUGCCCUUUUCCGUCCGCGUUGUGGAAGGCGAGUCCCAUGGCUGGGACAAGCCACCCCCGAUGGCUCCCAAGGAGAGCGUCAACGUCGAGUACGGCGAGGCGACGCAGGCCAUGGCUCGCUGGCUCCGCCAAGACUGCGAGACGGACAGGGAGUCGAUGAGUUCCAUGAGGACAAAGAGGCCCCGCAUACGACGACCAAAGUAUCUGUCUUUUAGAUCGAGAAGUGCGAGGUAG